AUGGCGUCGGCGACGAAGAUCAAGGUCGUGUGCCGUGACCUCGCCAAGGCGCCAUCGACGAACGGAUCUGCCGGAAAUUCGGAGGAUAAGGACGAUGGCAAGCGCAAGCGGGAGAAAUCGGGGGCAAGGUGCUUGGUAAAGAUCACGAUCAAGAUGCAAGGAUCGGCCGGCAAGCCAAAGGCUGAUGAGAAGGACAACGACGACCAGAAUCGCGAGUCGCGCCAGGAAAAGCUAGAUCUUCUUGAAUCGGCAGACAGCGCGGAGGACGGCAAUCUUGAGUCGCUCCAGGAAAAGCUAGAGGCUUGGCAUCGUCUUGAAUCAGCAGACAGCGCGGAGGAGGACAACCACGAGCUAGAGACUUCGGAUCUACUUGAGUCGGCGGACAGUGUGGAGGACGAGGACGAUGAAGAUAGCGAGUCCCAGGAGGAGCCGAAGGCAAAAGAUUAUCUCGAGGACAAAGAAGACCUCCAGGACGAGCCAGAAUCCUCGGACUGUCCCGCAUUACCAGACAGCACGGACGAGCACCACAACAAGCCCACGACCACGAUGGACAAUUUGACAAAGAAAUCAUCCAAGACUUGCGUCAGUGAAUGGUUUCGGGUGUUGAAGGAGUGCCAGCAGCAACCAGCAAAGACUUCUCCUGGCAAAAGCUCAAAGGAAGAGUCGGGAUCAUCGAGACCAUACGCCCAUGGUGGAAGAGGCGAUUGGUACUUUUGGAUGUAG